AACUAACCCUAAGCGAUACACAACUAGUCUUCCCCACUGCACCUUCCCUAACGUUCAAGCCUCGAUUGAUACACUCUAUUUCCAUUCGGCGAUUUGGAACAAUUCCAGAUUUUCGCACGACUCAACCCACCCACCAAAUUCACCUUCACAACUCGACACAGCAAAACCACUCUUCGAGGAUCGCACCGGUGUCACAAAAUUCAAGAUGUCGGACGUAGAAGAGAACAACGCACCCGAAGCCCCCGAGGAGGUUGAAGUCUCCGCCGAUGCCUCCAAGGGCCAGAUGUCCGUUCUGGAUGCUCUCAAGGGUGUCUUGAAGCUCGCCCUUAUGCACGACGGUCUUGCCCGGGGUCUCCGUGAAGCAUCCAAGGCCCUCGACCGACGACAAGCUCACAUGUGUGUUCUGAACGAGUCCUGCGAAGAAGAGGCCUACAAGAAGUUGGUCAUCGCUCUCUGCUCCGAACACAAGAUCCCCCUGAUCAAGGUUCCCGACGGAAAGCAACUGGGCGAGUGGUCAGGUCUCUGCGUCUUGGACCGAGAAGGCAACGCGCGCAAGGUGGUAAACUGCUCUUGCGUAGUUGUCAAGGACUGGGGUGAGGAGUCGACCGAGCGAACCAUCCUCCUGAACUACUUCCAGACCGAGCAGUAAGGAAUUCAUCACGGGCGUUGCGCGGGGAUAUAGACAGUGGAACGGGAUGAUUUUCAAGCCAUCGUCAUCAGCCCUUGGCAUGUACUCUACCGGCUUGACCAUCUGGCAUAGAUGCUGGAAAAAAUAAGGGGUCUAUACUGCAUCAGGAAU